CGUACCUUUUUUGUAUCGCUCAGAUUAACAAGAAGACUCCUGAGAUGUGGUGAAGAGUUGAUCAGAUUAAAAGUUUCGACCUUUAUCAUCUCCAACAAGAAACCAUAGCCUCAAACACACAUCUGAAGAGAGAGAGAGAGAGAUCUUGUCUCUUUUCUUAGUUAUCAUCUUUGUCCAGAUGGGGUUGGAGUACGAUCAAGACUCGGGAUCGUCCACACACUCCCUACCCUCCCUCCGAUCAUCCACCAACUCCCUCUACGUCCCACGAGAAGACACCCCUCUCCUCGGCCCACGAACCCUCUCCUCCCAGCCCAAAACCUUCGCCAACGUCUUCAUCGCCAUCGUCGGCGCCGGCGUCCUCGGCCUCCCCUACACCUUCAAGAAAACCGGAUGGCUCCUCGGCCUCCUCACCCUCUUCUUCGUCUCCUCCCUCACCUUCUUCUGCAUGAUGCUCCUCGUCCGCACCCGCCGCAAGCUCGAGUCCCUCCCCGGCUUCUCCUCCAUCACCUCCUUCGGCGACCUCGGCGAAGCCGUCUGCGGCCCCGCCGGCCGCCUCGUCGUCGACGUCAUGCUCGUCCUCUCCCAGUCCGGGUUCUGCGUCAGCUACUUGAUCUUCGUCGCCACCACCAUGGCGAACUUGCUUAGUCGUGGGACUGAAGUUAUCUUGGGGCUUGAUCCGAGCUCUGUGUACAUGUGGGGGUGUUUCCCUUUUCAGCUGGGCCUUAACUCGAUCCCCACGCUGACCCAUUUGGCUCCUUUGAGUAUAUUCGCUGAUGUUGUUGACGUGGCGGCUACCUUGGUGGUUAUGGUUCAAGAUGUGUUUAUCUUUGUUAAGAAAAGACCUCCUUUGAGAGUCUUUGGUGGCUUCUCUGUGUUCUUCUAUGGGUUGGGAGUUGCUGUGUAUGCGUUCGAAGGGAUUGGAAUGGUACUUCCUUUGGAGCUAGAGGCUAAGUACAAAGACAAGUUUGGUAGAGCGUUGGGGCUAGCCAUGGGGUUAAUCUCUAUCAUGUACGGAGCGUUUGGGCUGCUAGGGUACAUGGCUUAUGGAGAUGAGACUAAAGAUAUCAUCACCACGAACCUAGGGGUAGGUUUGGUGAGCACUCUUGUUCAGCUAGGCUUAGCAAUCAACCUCUUCUUCACGUUUCCACUCAUGAUGCAUCCUGUCUAUGAAAUCAUCGAGCGCCGUCUCUGCAGCUCUAGUUACUCCAUUUGGGUUCGUUGGUCCACUGUGCUGGUGGUCACUCUCGUUGCCCUGCUCGUUCCUAAUUUUGCAGACUUCUUGUCUCUUGUUGGGAGCAGUGUCUGUGUGAUGCUUGGAUUUGUUUUGCCAUCGCUCUUCCAUUUACAGGCAUUCAAAGAGGAGCUGAGCUUUGCAAGAAAGGUGGUAGAUGUUGUUGUUUUCCUCAUUGGUGUUAUGAUAGCCGUGGCUGGGACAUGGACUGCUGUCAUUGAGAUCAUGACAUCCAAGGCCUGAUCAUUUUUCUUUCAUUGAAGAUUCUUGUUAGCAGUAGAAACAAGAAGAGAAGACAUUGUUGGUUGUUAUUUCUGUUGCGUUCCCUUCCACACUUGUUUUUGUUUGAGUCUUUUAUUACUAUUUUGUAAGAAAGACUCUUGAAGAGAUAACCAAUAAGACGAGUAUUCUUAAGAGUGUGACCGUGCGGGAUUUAUUUUGUAGUUAUUGUGUUAUUAUGUUUUAUACAAUAGAGAUGGUUAAUUUAA